AGACGUAAAAAAACUGAAUACAAAAUGGCGCUGCUAGAUAAAUGAGUGUCCUGUACAUAGCAAAUUAACAAAACAUUGUUCAACUAGGUAUUAUCAUUAUAGUCUCAAAAAUAAAAAAUAAGUUAUAUUGUCUAAAACGUAUUAUUAUUUUAGUUUAGAGAAAAGUAAAAAAUCCAAUGUUAUUUUUAUUCAAAAACAGAAGGAUACAAAAGUUACAAAUAAUCUUAAAUAUUUAAUAUGAAAAUAGUUUACAUUUUUAAGGGCAACACACGAUUGGAAUAUUUGUUGAAGCCAAAAAAAAGGAAUAUUGACUGAAAAUUCUCUAAUAUACAAAUGAACAAUUUACAUAAGGAGACGGAUCUUAAGAAAAAGGAACGAGAAUGUGAGAUAUUGAAAAUACAGAUGAAAAAAAAAGAUGAGGAAAUCAUAAGCUUGACAUCAAGAAUAGAAAUGUUUGAGAGUCAGUUUAAGGCCUUACCUAAUCAACUAAAAGUGCUAUUGACAUCUAAUGAAAAUAUUGAAGACUUUGUUAGUGUAAGACAAGCAGAAAGUGAAAGUGAUAAUGGAUAUCAUUCUAAUACUCAUUUGGUAUUUAACAAUAUCCUUAAAGCAGUCGGUAGGAACAUGGAGAGCGUUGUAAAAAAGGACAGAUUUAUUAUAAGAGAACAAUUGGAACAGAUUUCAAAAUUAGAAAAUGAAUUAACUGUGUUUCGUAACAUUGUUCGACAAUAUUCAUUAAAAAUCAAGGAAUUAAGUCAGAAAAAUAGAGAAACAGCUAGACUUUUGUUUCACAGUAAAUCAGUGUCUAAUACCGUUAAAAAUAAUGGAAGAGAAUUUUCAAAUACUGCAAAAACAUAUUCAAGAGACUUUUUAGAUAGCACCGAUGGCUGUUCCACAAUUUCGGAAACGAAUUGUAACUUCAAUUAUCAAUGUAAUUUACCAUCAUUGGACUUUAGACUAUCAUUAGACUCUCGAGAUCAUCGUUAUGAUAGAAAUAUAGACAAUGCAUCUAAUGAUGUAGCAAUUAAUUCAAAUGUCAGUUUCGAUCAUUCUGCAUCCAUCAGAUCAGAUGGACUAACUUGUCCUAUUUGUGAGAAAAAAAAUUGGAAAUCAUUAAGUGAACUUCAGGAACAUUGCCUUACAUGCGGAUCUAUUGCAGGAGAAGAGGAAACGGAAGUGUGUAUUUUCUGCCAGGAUCGUAUACCUAAGACUCUAAUUAAUGAACAUGCAAAUAACCAUUUAGAGGAAGAAGAGCACUUAGACUUUUAUUUCGCUUGA